CUUGAUUCAGUAUUUGAUCGUUUUUCCAUGUUCUACUUGUAGUUCUCCUUUCUAUAAGAAUAUUGAGAAUUGUUUUGAUUGUAAUGAUUUUCACAAUUUUUGAGGGAAAUUGAGAUCAAAGGUGAUUGGAAAGUUAGGAUCCUAUGCAAUUCGGUGUUUGAGACUGAGUGCUUGAGAACUUUGUUGGAGCUGCUGUUCCCGUUUUGAAAGGAACAGUUCCCUGUAAAGACGAACAUUCGGAGGCCAACCGCUCCCUUAACCCCUUUAUAUAUCAUAUAAAAAGCCUCCGCUUUAACAUGCGGGUAGCUCUUCAUAAAGGAAGAAGGAACGUGGAAAAACAACGAAGGAAACCAUGCGGAAUAUGAAGCUCCAUGACGCUCCCAAGCCUGAGACCACCAAACAGAAGGAGCGUCACAUCGUUACCUGGACCCAAGAGGAAGAUGAUAUUCUUCGGGAGCAAAUUAGCCUCAAUGGAACUGAAAACUGGACGAUAAUUGCAGCUAAAUUCAAGGAUAAAACAACCAGACAAUGCAGAAGAAGAUGGUACACUUACUUGAAUUCAGAAUGCAAGAAAGGAGGAUGGUCACCAGAAGAAGACAUGAUCUUAUGCGAGGCCCAGAAGAUAUUCGGUAAUAGAUGGACUGAAAUAGCCAAGGUGGUUUCAGGAAGAACGGAUAAUGCAGUGAAAAACCGAUUCGCCACCUUGUGCAAGAAAAGAGCGAAAUGUGAAGCCUUAUCGAAGGAGAACAACAUUUCAUGUAUAAACCCAAACAAUAAGAGAGUAAUACUUCAAAAUGGGUUUGUAAUGAGUGAUUCAUCUGAUUCCACUCCACCCCUUAAGAAGAUGAGGACCCAAAUCUUGGAUCUGACCAAAAACUGUAUCACCAAAGGAGGAACUUUGAGGGAAUGCUCAGAGAAUCACCCGCUGAGAGCUCCCUUUGCAGUAUUGCUUCAAAACUCCCACAAUGUUGGCACCUUGGCAGCUCAGCAGCAAGUCAGCAACAACACCAAAGUAGCCUUUAAUGAUGCUGAAGAUAACAAGGUCCGGGGAACAUUUCUUAAAAGGGAUGAUCCAAAGGUCACUGCUUUGAUGCAGCAAGCAGAACUGCUCAGCUCGCUUGCACUGAAAGUUAACACAGAUAACACCAACCAGAGUCUUGAAAAUGCCUGGAAGGAACUGCAAGAUUUCUUAAACCAAAACAAAGAUAGCAAUCUGCUAAACUACAGAAUCUCAGAAACGGAUUUUCUACUCGAUGAUUACAGAGACUUGGCAGGGGAAUUAGCCCGCGGUAAUAUGGGAAGUCAACCAUCAUGGAGGCAACACGAUUUAUAUGAGGAGUCUCCAGGCAGUUCUGGAUACAGCACAGGAUCAACUCUCCAGUCCCAUACAGCAGCUGAUAAAACAGAACAUCAAGCUGAAGUAUGUUCACUGCACCAGGAUAAUAUUUGUACGCAACAGAUAGCUCAUACAAGAGAAGUACAGAAUGAUCUUAGUGGUUGUGAUGAUGGGAUUUCUAUAAGCAAUACUCAAGCAGAAAUCUUCCUCUCUCAUGAAGACUCAAAAGAAAACGGAGUCAUGCAUGUCUUGUCAAACACAGAGUUCAGUUCCCCUCUCCAAGUAACUCCACUGUUCCGAUCAUUGGCACCAGAGAUCCUGAGCCCCAAAUUCUCAGAAAGUGAGAGGAACUUCCUACUGAAGACACUUGGUUUGGGUUCCCCACCUCCUCACCAUAGCACCAACCCAUCCCAACCACCUCCUUGCAGAAGGGCACUCCUCCAUAGUCUCUGACCAACUGCUCCAAAUUUCAUAGUGAAUUUGUGCCCUAGACUAUUCUCAGAAUUUUAGCAUGUCAUGAGGUUUUGACUUCAUUCUUCUACUUCCCAGUUCCAUUUCAUUACACUUCAAAAGUGUGCUUGAGAAUGUGCUAGUACAUCCUCUAUGCAUCCCAACAUACCUGCCCAAGCUUACAGUUACACUAGCAGAGUUCAAAACUUGCAUUGAACUUUCCCAUUGUUUGUUGAGUUGCACCAUUUUUCCGUUCUUUCUUCUCAAAAGAUGUGAUCUGGUCAUUGUUUUCAGCCCCAGUUUUUGGUAUUUAAUUUGUCAUUUGUACAGAAUCUGCAGUACAAAACCCUAGCUCCUUUCAGAGUGUAAUUAAACGUCGGCAGUUUGGCAUCUCUCAUAUAAAUAGCAGGAAAAAAAGAAGAGCUAAGAAGGAUCAACCAGUUGUACGGGAUACCUAUAGAUUUGAUUUUGGUGUGGAUAGGGUAUAGAAUAAGAGUUUUGUUCUUUUUGA